UGAAGCCUAGCCAGCCAACAGUUACACAGACAUCUGUUGUAUCAGCUGGUAGUACUGUAACAGUAAGUUGUACAACAAGUGGGUGUAGACCAGCAGCCAGUAUAUCCUGGUUAUAUCAAGGUGUGACAUAUAACGGCAGUACAACAAAUGCAGCCGAUGCUGCAGCAGAAACAUUUACAGUUGUUUCUACGUAUACUAGACAGGUGACGGCUGCGGAUAAUGGACAAAGUAUACAGUGUAUAGUUACUCAUCCUGCAUUAGUGAGUCCAGAACAGCUGACCGAAUCAAUAAAUUUAAAUGUUCAAUUGAAUGUGACAGUAAAGACAAACAACACCACUGCGAUAAUCGUAGGAGUAGUUCUCGGCAUACUGAUAGUUGUCUUGUUGGUAUAUUCCAUAUACGUUACAUUACGGAUGAAAAGAAGGCAUGACCCUGGCCAGAAUAAAGAUAUCUCCGAAGAUACAAAAGGCAGAGAGUAUGUAAAUGUGGAAGAUCCAAUCAAACUUAAAACAAACGAUGUAAAGGAGGGAAGGACAUCUCCUCACGAUGCUCAAGCCUCAGAAAGUCAAUAUACAGAGCUCGAUAAAGAUCUUAAAGAAGCAGAAUCUACAUACGAUGCUAUUCAACCAUUUGAAAUGACAACAUAAAUGUGUCUUUAAACACACGUCCUAUGCACAUGUUUGAAUGUACAAGCUGGACGUUAGAACAUUUAGUGUGCAUUGAUUGAAUGCAUAUGACAAAAACUGAGAAAAAUAAUUGAAUUCUUUUACGCUUGCUAUAGAGAAAGUAUUUUUGACAUAAGCAUGACAAACAAAACACAUCACCAAAUGCAACGGAUGCUUCUCGAAUAUGUAUACUAUGCUAUUUGAUGAAUUUAAAUUGAGGACGUAAACGUGUCAUUAACUACAAGUCAGGUGUAUGAUUUUGUUACACUUAAAGUUUGAAUGCAUAUGUUUUAUGUUAUUAGCAAGGAUUGGCUUUAUGCCGUUGUGAAAAUGUUAAGAAAAUCUGUUUUGUCAUUAGAAUAAAUAAAGACUUGGCCAAAUAAUGAAAUAAAAAUCGACGUUUUACAGAAAUGUAUAGAAGUUAAGAAUAGCAUGUUUUAUCAUGGCUACAUAGAUGAUAAUCAAUUUAUCUGAUAUAUACUAUUUAUUGGACCCUGUGCAACAGUUAUUUAUGAAAAUAAUGUGUCUUAAAAAUAUUCAUAUUUUUUGUUAUUACAUAAUUAAGAUUUUUAUAAUAUUGCAACGUCAAAACAAAAGAUAAAAAUAUAAAUUUAAGGACUCAAAACAAAAUAAUAUGUAUAACUGCUAUGCCAUUGCUCUUCUUUUUCUUUAAAUAUGUUUGCACGUUCAUUAUUUGACCUUUCAUUCUUUUUAUUUUAUGUCAACUGGAAGAAUUAAUUAUGGCACAGAAUGUAGCAUAUAUUUGUUCAGGUUUUUUUGCUUUUAAUAAUGAAGUCGCUUUUCAACUUUCGUGACAUGUAAAUAAAGGCUACUUAGUUUAAUGUAGCUUAUCUUAGUUUAAUGUUAAGUAAGAUUAUGCAAACUUAAUAAUUUUCAAAAAGGAUCUUCAUUUUAAAAAUUGUGUUCUUUAUUUUUAAUAUUUUGUCAAAGAAUAUGAAGCAUUCUACAAUAAAUUACUACGUUGUUUGCUGUUUAUGCAGUCUAAACGAAGAAAACAAUAAAAUGACACUCCUUGAGAUUUAUUUAUGUUCUUUAUCAGUACAAUGUCCACUUCUAAUACUUCUGCUUAUAUCACAACUAAUUUUUUCCUGAUAUUGUAUCUUCUUCAUUAUGUCGCCAUCCAAUGUUAAAUUAAGAACACAUCGACAUUGGCUUAAUGUGGUCAGAUAAUUUGGCUGUAUACGUCUUCCCAUUUGACCAAUAUCUAUAAAAUUACAGAUUUUUGAACUGUUAAAGAUAAAUGCAGUACAAUGUAUAAUUUAGAAUAAAUAUAGGUUUCAUUUCAUAUUGUUAGUUCAUUUUCACAGUAACAAUUUGUAGAAAUACAUGUAUUAAAAUGA